CGGAGGAGCGGGGGAGGCUUCGGUGACUGCGCCCAUUUGGUUUCUAAUCAAACGAAUGCGCUGGCAAACGUUGGAUUGCGACGCAGUUUUGCGGAACUGAAAUCGAUGCGUCGAGACCCGUGAAUGUGUGAGGGAAGAUUUGGCUUCUUCCAGCACUUGUUGCUUGGAAAACCGUUGAGUACAGAGGAAGUUGUGGUGUUUAAGGCCUUGGCGAUGUCGCAGUGAAGGCAUCUCGCAUUUGGUCGAGGGUGUUCCAUCUGGGGUUUUUCGCAGUAUGGGACAGGAUGGAGUUGGAGCACCUCUACGGUUCUCGUGAUUCGGAGUGAAUUGGAGUCUAUUAGGAAGGGGGUGCGAGUCUAAUGAGGACGUCGGUUGAAGAUGAGUUGUGCAACUUGAACCCGGGAUAGAGUUUUGUGCAAUUGCGUGAGCUGCAGUAAAGUUGCUGGAAAGAGAAAUCGGAAACGGAAUUUGGGUUUUGGGUGGCACUAAUUUAGGGUUUGAAAUGAUAAUAGGAUGUGGAAUCGGGGUCAUUGCCUGGAGAUACUAGCUGCGUGGAGUGAUGAGCACCCUGGAAAGGUCAUGGUUGCUCUAUACUUGAAAUAAGUUCUAUUGUACCAGACAACGUUACAAGAUGGCGGGGAGAGAAGUGAAAGAUUUUACGAAUUUGAGUGAUCCUAAAGAUAAGAAAUGGGGUAAAGGUGGUAAAGACAAGGCGGAUGACGAGGAUCUGGCAUUUAAACGGAUGGUAGCCAAGAUGCAGGAGGUAGCUGGUGAACGUGGUGGAUAUCUUCAUGGUCGUGGAGCAUUGGAUAGCGAUGAUUUGCUUUACUUGAAGGAACAAAUGGAAGCUGAGGAGGAUGCCGAGCGUUUGCGCCGGCGAACGGAAAAGAGAGCGUUUGCAGCUUUUAAAAAAGCAGCGAGCUUGGUGGACAAUGCUGCUGUGCCGACACUUCCUGCUAUACGGGUCGAGCCUAAACCUCGCAGUGGUAUUCGGCAACAGGUGUUAGUGAAAAGCAUAGUCAAAGUGAAGGCCGAGCGUCCUCGUUCCAGCGAUCCUUCCGUCACCGUGGGUUCGGUGAAGUCCAACACCUCUUCGCAAGACUCUAAUGUACAGAGUACGGGAAAUUCCAAUUCGCCUCCUGAAGAAAUCCUGACUGCAGAUACUACGAAGACUCCAGGUGGUCUUCUGGGUUUGGCAUACGAGAGUGAAGAAGACAGUGACGAAGAGCCUGUCAGUAUCCUCGCUGUGAAGCGGCCAAGAAAUCAAAGGGAUGAAUAAGGUCUUGAGAUUAUUGAAGAAAAUUCGACAAUGUCGUGCGGACAGCAGUUUUGGAUGUGUCAGUAGAUAGUUUCAAAUUACUGUGUGCCUCCUCUCAGCCUGCAAUUGCGUUUAGUUAAUCGUAUUAGAGGUUGGUUAUAUUGUAGUCUGCAUCUUCAACACUGGACAAAUAUUUUUUGUGCCUGUAAUAUGCUUUGGGGGUUGCAGAUUAAUUUGAAACGUUCUGCCGAUUAGGCUCCACGAGGGAGCCAUAAGAAAAUCAAAUCUGAUGUUGACUUUCCAGAAGGAUUUUAGUCAGUAGACAGUUUAGUAGCUUGUUUCUGGUUAAGAAGUAUAACAGUAAGUGGAUGAGGAAGUUGUUCUUCGUGA